AUGCCGGACCUCAGCCAAAACCGAGCGAUCAAGAUCGUCGCCAAAGCCGCUCGUGAAGGCUACGCGGUGCCGGCCAUGUGCUGCUACAACGUGGAAGCGAUCCUCGCCAGCGUGCGAGCCGCCGAAGCCAAACAGUCGCCUGUCAUCAUCCAGCUGUUUCCCUGGGCAGUGACAUUCGCCAGUGGGUUGCUGGUACAUGCGGCGGCCGAGGCAGCCAACACCGCGAGCGUGCCGGUAGCGGUGCACAUGGAUCACGCGCAGAGUCCCGAGAUCGUGAAGCGGGCGGCCGACCUGGGCGGGUUCGACGGGAUCAUGGUGGACAUGAGCCACUACGAGAAGGAGGAGAAUUUCCAGAAGACGCGCGAGCUGGUCAAGUACUGCAAUGACCGGGGCAUCAUCACCGAGGCCGAGCCCGGGCGCAUCGAGGGCGGCGAGGACGGCGUUGGCGACACGGCCGACCUGGCGCUGCAGGGCCUGCUGACCACGCCAGACCAGGCCGAGGAGUUUGUCGCCCUGGGCAUCGACUGGCUGGCCCCGGCAUUCGGGAACGUCCAUGGCAAGUACGGUUCCAAGGGGCCCCAGCUGGAUUUUGACCGGUUGAAAAGUAUCCACAAACAGGUCGGCGAUCGGGUCCAUUUGGUCCUGCAUGGGGCCGCGGGCGCGCAUUUCCAGGAGGAACUGUUGCAGAAGGUCAUUGCUUGCGGCGUGGCCAAAGUCAAUCUCAAUGAUGCUAUGAAUGAUCACUUUGUCAAGGUCUUGCAGGAGAAGGCUGGCAAGGCCCCCUUGACUACCCUGAUUGAGGAGGGGACUGCGGCUAUGCAGAAGGCUAUUGAACAGUAUAUGGACUGGAUGGGGUCGACGGGGAAGGCAUAG